AUGUUUUCCCGUUAUCGGGGAGCGACAGAUAAGCGUGUUCCCCGCACGACUCCAAAGGUCAAGUGCGGAGAGGAGAAGCCUCAUUGUAGCCGCUGCACCCGACUUGGAGUUCGAUGUCCUGGAUAUGUUCAGUCACUCCGUUGGGUCACAAAAUAUGACCAGCCUAGUCCUGGUGCAUCAUCUGAGGGCCAACCGCCGAGCCCUGUGCCCUCUACCUCGGUGCCGAGGAAGACCCCGGCUCCUGUUAGGGAUACACUGCCACUCAAUGCCCCGAAUAAUGAUUCACAACCUGAAUCAAACUCAGGUUUUGGGCUAGAUGAAUCGAAUGUUCUUUGUGACAAUCUAUGGGACCUUCAGGGCAAUCGAUCACUCCCAGAGUUGACCGAUCUCUGCCCGUCUUCCCCAGCGCCGAUUUCGGUCUCAGGUUUCUCGCAGACCGAAACUUCACCAUAUGACUUUGCUUCAUCUGGAGACAUGGCUGCCGAUUUAUCUCAUAUUCUGUCACUGAUUGGCCCGCCCCAAGAGGACACUGGCAAUGGCGGUAGCAUUUAUCGAGACUUCUCGCCAUCAACUAUUGUACGCAGUUACCCACCCUCCUCACAACGCUCUAAUACCCGAAACGUUCCAUCAAUCUCCCGUCCGCUAAACAAUCCAUCAUGGACGCUUAUCGAGUACUAUUUCAAAGAAGUUGCGGCACUCUUCUCUAGCUACGAUAGCCAGAUGAACCCCUUCCGUACGACCGUCUCCAGACUAUGGGGCUCAUCACUAGCUAUGUGCCGGACAAUGCAAAGUAUGGCUGCUGCAACUCUUGUCAGCGACUUUCCACAGUUUGGACCGAUUGGUCGAAAGAUGAGGAAUGAGGCUGUCAGUAUAAUCACACUUGAAGCAGCGAUGGACGACAAAUCUUUGCUGGCGCUCCUUAUGCUUGGACAGACGGCCAGCUGGCAUGAUCCAAAGGACUUGGGUAUUUCAUUUUUCAAUCUGCUCCGGAAGCACCUCAACUCCAUUUCCAACGGGUCUAGCACAGAACCUAUGAGCUUCCCUGAGAGCCGCAGUAAUAAUCACCGUUUCUUUGAGGAAGCUCUCAUAUACUGGGAGAUGCUCUUAUCAUUUGUCGCAGAUAAUGACUCGGCGAUGUUCUCUGAUGGAUCCUGUGCAUCAUCCAUGGAUGAGUCACUUGUUCUUCAAAGGGUACCCCAUCCAUGGACUGGAAUCGCACGCGAUGCGCAAUUCGCUGUGCAUGAAGUGGGUCGUCUUAUUCGCAGAGAACGAAGACGCAUUCGAUCUCAAACUUUUACAUCUCACGACGACAUUAGAAAGGCACAGAUGGCCAUCGAAAAGGCACGCGAGUUGGAAGAACGCUUGUUGACCCUUGCACAUCUCACAGAAGCUGAGAUCGUCAGUACUGGCGACGAUGAAACUCCAGUUUGGCACCUUCUUACUGUUGCAGAGGUUUAUCGGUGUACGGGCUUAAUACAACUGUAUCGUGUUUUCCCGGACUUACUUCGCAACCGCCUGCCAAAUCCCGAGGCAGCCCAAUUUCCAAAUUUGGCAAGAGAAACACCUGGCGACUCUUUCUUCCCGGUGAAUCUGGACUGCAUGAACCUCUCCCCGGACUUCGGUGGGAUAACCAGCUGUCCUACAUCUGACAAAGUCCAACCUUCAAAUCAACAUACCACCCGCCAAUCUCCACACAUCAACAUUUUCCCUCCCUCCUCACACCAUCACCAACCUCAAGCGCCUAAACCGACAGCUCAGGACAAUCCAUCCGAUUGGCUGUACGACGCCUGGCUCACUGAUUUUGCCGUCACACUUAUAUCACGCCUAAAAACUAUCCCCUUCGAAUCCCGGACCCGCUGCCUCCAACCAUUGCUGUUAGUUGCUUCAUGUAGUGAGCUACGUCUACCACAAAUACCCGCUGAGCAACCCAAAUCCCAAUUUGAAGACAACCAGGAUGAAAGCCAGUCUCAAUCUGACUUUGAGACACCAAAUAUAUCAAUGGAAGCUAUUGAAGUAUCUCAAACGCGGAAAUUCAUCCUAGGUCGUCUCACAUCUCUCCUGCAUGUGUUGCCACCUAAGCCAAUCGAUGUCUGUGUGAGGCUCGUAAAGGAGGUCUGGAGACGCAUGGAUUCUGGAGAGGCUAAUAGUUAUUGGGUCGAUGUUAUGAUGGAAAAGGGGUGGGAGACAACUAUGGGGUAG